AUGGGCUCAUUUUUCUAUGAGCCCAUUGCAACUUGCAUACAAACGCUGUACAGCGGCGAUGCGCCGUACAGGGACCAGGUAAAGAUUGCUUUCAAAGGCUUCCAUGAGGAUGUGGACUCCUUUGGCUCAUUUGGGUAUCCCGAUGAGCCAAGCUCGUGGGAGCGCCUCUCACACGCAGAGGAACCAAAUGAGCGGAAACUGCAUGGGUAUACCCUGGCAGACUGGACGGGAGCAGCCCUGCUGGAUUCUUCAAAUCAGGCUGCUGACGUCAACGCACCGCCAGACAUCCUGUCUGUCUUGCGACGGGAGACGCUACAAUCUUGGGUCAGGCACCGCGGGAUGAAUCGUAUCUUUGUGUGCGGGCUGUCCAUGGACCUCUGUGUGCUAGAUACCGCGCUCAACGGAGUCUCUGCCGGCUUUCGGAAUGUUCACAUGGUGAUGGAUGCCUCGCGGGCAGCUCACCUCCCAAGCAUGGGAAAGUUUGGCACCGGCUUCCUGAGCGAUCCUGCAGUGAUCCGUGAGAAGCUGAAAACAGCAGGAGUCAAAGUGGUUCCCACUGCAGCGCUCUUGCCAGGCUUCGUCCCAGAAAACCCAGUCACAGAGAAGGAGAUGCUAAAGUACGGCUUUCCAAAGACGCUCGGCCCCUUCGCUUUGGUCCGCGCUCGAAAGCUGGCUCUCUUUGUCGAUCGUGCGAAGAAGACAUACAAGGCAAAAGCUCCCUUGGAAGAGAUCCGUCAGCUGGAAGCCAACGGAAUGUCUGCAACAGGAGCAAUUGCCGUGCCAACGCCGGUGACCAUGUCAGACGAGGCCAAGAAGUAUCUUGGCAUUCCACUAGAGGCGGCUGAGUUCUGCUGGGCCUAUCCUGUUGGUGGAGGCAAAUGGUCAGAGCAGGCAUUGGCAUAUUUCUCGAUCACCACCCCAAGCUCAGCCUUCUUCGUGUAUGGUGGCUAUAUUUACUUUGACAAGCGGGGCAGGGUCGUCGCAAUGUGUGCCAUUUCCCUGGGGAAUGGUCUCAACUUCGAGGAGGGUCGACCUUGGGAUCCCCGCUAUACAGCAGCGUUGGAGGGCCGCUGGGUGCGUGUCACUGUGCCAUACAUCCUUGACAAAGGAGGGCGCUACUUUGCCUGGGUGAAUCCGGGAGAGGUGUUGCAGCCCCCUGCCAAGGAAGUGCUGGGGGGCGACUCCUGGCAGGCUCCUCCGAAUGGCUGCUUCAUCUACAAGUUCAGUGAGGCAUCCCAGUUGGAUGAUGAGCGGGACGUGUACUUCCCGGUGGCUGGUAUAGGCCACAACCCGAAAUGCUUCGGCCGUGUCGGCAUCAGCGAAGAGGAGACCGUCAAGCAGCUGCGCCGAAUGAUUGCCGGGGAGCAGACAAGUCCGGCCAGCACCAGCAUCAUUGGCAAAGUCCAGAAGGCCCUUGUGGAGUGGGAUGCAAAUCGUGAUGGGAAGAUAAGCGAGGAAGAGAUGACGACGGUUCUAAAGACCUUGAAUCCGAAGAUGUCACUGGAAAACACGCGCCGUCUUUUCUCGCAAGCAGACAUCAACAAGGAUGGAUCUAUCGAUGUAGAAGAGUUCGUGAACUGGCUCUGGCCAACGAAUAAGUCAUCCUGA